UCUUCUCUAUGAAGCCGGAAGCGCGUCAGCAAACUCGGACGAGGGCGCGUGGAGUCGGAGCAUCUGUUCGCUUUCGGCGUCGGGGGAAGGGGACUGGGAUGUCGGUGCCCGCCGCGUGCGCUUUGUCACGGGAAAGGCAGCCGCAGCCGCGGGUCAAGGCGAUGCGCGGGGACAGUCAGGAGAGCGAGGAAGACGAAGAACAGUCGGAGCCGCGGAGGUGGGAUGAAGAAGCGGCUUUAGGGAACGACCGGUGCGAACGGGACUCGCGGGAGCAAUUGGCGGCCACGAAGGCGGACGGAAAAGAGGAGGAGAAGCUGGAACGGGAACAUUUCCGGAGAAUUAUCAAUGCCUUCCGUUACUAUGGAAUUAAUAUGCAUGAAAGAGUGAAUCGUGCAGAAAGACAAUUUAGAUCCCUUCCAGUGAUGCAACAGAAAUUGUUACCUCAGUUUCUCCCUCACCUUGACAAGAUUCGAAAAUGUGUUGACCACAAUCAAGGGAUCUUGCAGUCAGUUGUGAAUGACUGUACCCGCAUGUUUGAAAAUAAAGAAUAUGGUGGUGAUGGAAAUGGAAAGAUUACACCAGCUUCAACUUUUGACAUGGAUAAAUUAAAAUCCACUCUGAAACAAUUUGUAAGAGAUUGGAGUGAAACUGGGAAACCUGAAAGAGACUCUUGCUAUCAGCCUAUCAUUAAUGAAAUUGUAAAGAACUUUCCAAAAGACAGAUGGGAUCUCUCCAAAGUUAAUAUCCUGGUACCUGGUGCUGGGCUAGGUAGAUUGGCCUGGGAAAUAGCUAUGCUUGGUUACACUUGCCAAGGAAAUGAAUGGAGCCUCUUUAUGCUCUUUUCUUCUAAUUUUGUACUCAACAGAUGCUGUGAAACUAAUUCGUGUAAAUUAUAUCCCUGGAUUCAUCAGUUUAGCAAUAACAAGAGAUCUGCUGAUCAGAUACAGCCAAUUUAUUUCCCAGAUGUUGACCCUCACAGUCUUCCUCCUGGUGCCAACUUUUCUAUGACAGCAGGCGAUUUUCAAGAAAUCUACUCUGAGAGUAAUAUAUGGGACUGCAUAGCAACCUGUUUCUUCAUAGACACAGCACAUAAUGUCAUUGAUUACAUUGAUACAAUAUGGAAAAUUCUUAAACCAGGAGGAAUAUGGAUCAAUUUAGGUCCUCUUCUUUAUCAUUUUGAAAAUUUAGCAAAUGAAUUAUCUAUUGAAUUGAGCUAUGAGGAUAUAAAAAAUGUUAUAUUACAAUAUGGAUUCCAUAUUGAGGUGGAAAAUGAAUCUGUUUUGACAACAUACACUGUGAAUGAAUUAUCUAUGAUGAAAUACUAUUAUGAAUGUGUGAUGUUUGUGGUUAGGAAACCAGAAAGCAGUAUCUGAAACAGACUAUCCAAAAGGAAUGUUGCUGGCAUUUUUGUUUAUAAUGUUAGCAGAACAUGAAGUGGCCUAUAAGGGAUGACUGGACACAGCCUCUUAUCAGUGGUGCCUUCUUAUUCCUAACAGAAUGUAGCUCUCUUUAUUUUCUUACUCUUUCCUUACAGUAUCCAGACAUGCACUUCUGUUUUACUUAUAUUUGGGUUAUUAAUGUGGAAUUCAAAUAUUGGUGUAUCUUCACUUCCAGUUUUAUUUAAUUGGUAUUUUUGAAAGAUUGAUAUUUUAAUACAACAUUACUGACAUUCAUAGUUCUCCAUAAUAUACAGAAAUGUCUUCUACACUUGUCUGAAAGAAAUACUACUGGAUACAAAACUGGAUUUUUUCCCCCACAUUGUGUAGAAAACAAAUACAAAUCUCACUGAAAAGUCAGUAUUUUGGUGAUUUUUCUAAAAGGUUUUUUUUUUAAAUUUGAUUUGCAAAUUCUGCAAACAGCAUCAUGUGAAUUUGGCUGUUUACAUCUCAAAGCCUUAGAAAAAAUAAGAACAGUUUGUAAAAACCUCACAUUUGUCCUCAUAAGAAUUUUUUCAUACAAAACUGAUUGAUACAUGGAGCUGCAAUCCAUAAUGAUGUUGCUUUUGCUCAUUCCAUGUUGAGCAUAUGGAUUAAUAAUUUGAAAUACCGGUAUGUGGCAGCAAUCACUAUACAGGUACUGCUUGUCUAAAUGAGACCAUAGUAAAGUUUGUAAAGGAAUAUUUUGUCAUAAGUGCCAAAAUGAAUGUCCUUAAGUAUUCCUAAAAGAUAUUUGGCAUUGAUCCAUGAUUUUAAGGCAUUUUUUUAUCAAAUGAAUUCAUAUGUAGCAAAAACAAAUUCUGUCUACAGUUCUUUUAGGCCAGUGUUACUGGCAAUUGUGCU